CUUACUCCAUCCUGUAGUUGAUGCAAGAUGCAGCUUGUUACAGUUCUUCUGACUGCUCUACAGCUACUGUCCCUGGUGCUCCCAGGAGAGCCUCAGAGCCUUGAAGGAAAAUUGGAUUCCAGCAAGGUGAACUGCAGCCACAUUCAGCCAAUGCAUGAGCUGGUGAGAAGUGUGUCAAGCUCUGUGGAUGAAGGAGGCACAUGCCAUUGUGUGGUUCACCUACCCAACAACACCAUCCCCCUGCAGCAGCUGGAACAGCUACAUAAUACAGCUCAGGAGCUCAUUUGCAAGUAUGAGCAGAAGCUAUCCAGAGUCAGUGAGUAUGCACUUGCCAUUGAAGAUCAAGAAAAUGAGGUUCUGGAAAUGAGCCAUAUACUGGAGUUGAGGAAUCCCAGCACCCUUGCUUCUCCCUAUGAGAACCCAGCCUUCAACCUGCUGCGCCUGGAGCUGGAGGGAGCACAGAAGUUGGUGACUCAACUUAAGGCCAAGGGAGGCGUUAGUGUGGCUGGGGACCUCCUUUAUCGACUCCAGAGCCAGGUAACUAAUGCCAGUCUCACACUCAAGCUUCUGGCUGACUCUGACCAGCGCAGCUUUGGUGCUCUCCAAAAGGAGGUGGAUGUCCUUGAGAGUCAACUAAGUGAAUGUGAAAGAGAUAAAGAGAAAGAACAGGGCUCCAGAUACCUUGGACCACCCCUCCCCUGGGCUUCUUGUGCCCAUGGAGACCUCCAGAAAGUUAGCAAACCCCUUGUGGUGCAGCUCAAUUGGAGAGGCUUCUCAUACAAGGCAGGUGCCUGGGGUCGAGACUCUGCAGCCAAUCCAGCCUCUUCCCUUUACUGGGUGGCCCCUCUACGUACAGAUGGCAGGUACUUUGACUACUAUCGGCUGUACAAAUCCUAUAAUGACCUCGUGCUGCUGACAAACUAUGAAGAGAGGAAGAUGGGCUAUGGUGAUGGCAGUGGAAAUGUUGUGUACAAGAACUUUAUGUACUUUAACUACUAUGGCACAAGUGACAUGGCCAAGAUGGACCUUUCCUCCAACACCCUGGUGCUGCGGCAUCCGCUGCCUGGUGCUACCUAUAAUAACCGCUUUUCCUAUGCUGGUGUGCCCUGGAAGGACUUAGAUUUUGCUGGUGAUGAGAAGGGGCUGUGGGUGCUCUAUGCCACUGAAGAGAGCAAGGGCAAUCUUGUUGUGAGUCUUCUCAACACUAGCACCCUAGAAGUGGAGAAAACCUGGCACACCAGCCAGUACAAGCCAGCCCUGUCAGGGGCCUUCAUGGCUUGUGGGGUGCUCUAUGCCUUACACUCACUGAGCACCCGCCAAGAGGAGAUCUUUUAUGCUUUUGACACCGCCACUGGGCAGGAGCACCACGUCAGCAUCCUGUUGGACAAGAUGCUGGAAAAGCUGCAGAGCAUCAACUACUGCCCCUCAGACCACAAGCUGUAUGUCUUCAAUGAUGGUUACCUGAUAAAUUAUGACCUCACCUUCCUGACAAUGAAUAGCAGGCUACCAAGACCAUCAGCCAAGAGGCCCUCUGGGGUUCAUGUUUCACCAAAACCUGUCAAACCUAACAAAGCUUUCAGACCCUGAGACCCCAGGACUGGGCAGAGCAUUGGUAGAUGCAUGUCCUCUUCCUUACCUCCAGGGGGACCACAUCCCAAAUUGGCGAUUGGCCUAAUGUUUGGGAGGCAAUGAUCAUACGUAGUGAGUUCCUUACAUAAUUAAUAUCUCAAUCAGCACAUUAAGGUUCCUUUUAAUAAUGAUCUAGGUGGAUUUGAUAGAGAAAAAGUAAAGUAUUAGCUAACAAAAUGGUACCCUUUCUUUUUCAUGCUUUGGCAUAUUAUAUUCCUUUUGGAGAAUCAUAAAUCCAGCUUCUAGAACUUGAGAGUUCUGUGAUCUAGAAUUGUCAGUCUUGAGUUGAGAACAUCUGAUUCCAGUGCAGAAGCUGCAAGGGAGCUAGUCAUUAGAGUGGGAUAUAAACAUUCCCUUUCUUAUAUCUACCUUCCUGUGAAGUCCCUGGGAAUAAAAGGGGCAAAAUCUUGGUCUGAAAAUCAAUUUUCAUUGUCCCGGAUUGAUCUCACUUUUGAGGGCAAUUGCAAGAAAAUUGCUUUAGGCCUGAGUCUUGCUGUAGUAAGUUAGCAAUUGGCAACACAGCAUGGUAAGGAUCUGACAUGGAUGGUGCUGGGGGUCUAGAUAUUCUCAAUAAAGAAUCAUUGGUUUGGUA